UAUUUAAACAAAAUGAUGCACCGGUAAUUCUCUUGUAUCAGUCUUACCGCAGCCAUUUGAUGACAAUCCUUCCAACGAGAGGCAGCUUGUGAAACAAUUUGUCAAGCAACAAUGAUUACAAUUCGUUCGAUUUGGAUGUUUUGGUUGCUGGCCACCAGUGGUUUUGUGCUGGUGUUCAGUGCCACUAAGCGAAUCCCGACAGCUAUACUAACUGAUAUCCUGUCCGUCGACGAACCAACGCCCGAGCCCAACCAUCAUCUUGCCACUCGUCUGUUACGCUAUUUCAUCUUCGGUGGCAUCGUUCAAGCAAUCUCAGCCGAAACACGAAUCCCCCGACGCAGGCUGGUGUUUGGAGGCCGUAGUAUGUUUCAGGAUAAGCAUAGCCAAGCCGGCCCUGGUACACACGCCGCUCAUGUUGUUCGCGUGUGCGCCAUUAAUGCUGCCCUAAUGGGUGCAAACCCUAAUCUUACCAUUGCGUUGCAGAACUAUAUCGGCCGCACACAAGAUGUGCCACGCAUUUAUAAUUAUUUUGCCGGCGUUGGCGGUGCAAUUGAUCUGUUUCAAUCGAGCAGCCUGAAGGAGCUGUCCAAGAUUGAUUUUACAGGGUUCUACAAUGGUACUAAUAAGGAUACCGUGAUCAAGCUUAGCAAUGCGUUUCGAGGUAUCGUAGAAAAAUACGCGAGAAAGGAGAAUCAGGCCACCGUUGUUAUUGAUGUGGCGAAAGCAACAGCGUAUUGUGCAGAUCCUUCAUUGCUGUUUGCCAGAGGUACGGAAGGGCACAGGAUGGUAGUGGAUGGAACGUUUUUAAGGAAUUAUUAUACACCCAACAGCACGGCAGUAGUAAUUGAUCCGAAAGAAUGUCAUAAAGGCCAGACUCAAACGAAUGUUGCAGGUUCGAAACGAUCACGCGCUUAAGUGGCAGAGCAUUGAAUUGAUUCGACGCGAUAUCAGGAUGUAUCUUUAUGAUAACUGAAAGAAACGUAACACCAUAAAAUUUAAACUGUUCAUUAUAAUUAACUGUAAAACAAAAACUGUUUAUGAAACUGUCGAUUUAAACUUCAAGGUCGGAAGGUAUUGGUGUAUUGCAAGCGAUAGAAUGCAUGAUUGAUAAGGAUUUAAUUGAAGCAUUUGAAUAAUUGGCAAAUGUUGGACGAUUUGUUUAAUUUACCGCCGGGUAUUACCUAUAAUCUAUUUAAAGCGAUUCGUUUUCAAAAUACAUUUUACAGCUUCCUGAUAAGCGGAGCCGA